UGCGCAGGCGCCUCUCCCGCCGGAGCAUUUUGCGCUUCACCCUCAUCUCGCGUACCCGCCCCGGGCACCCCGCAGCCAACCUGGACGCCUUUCUGCAAACCAAAUGCUUUGUACUGGCAGAAAAUGGCAAAAAAGAACAUUGUCUCCAAUCCUCCAAAACCGCAAGCUUUUCCAAUGCCGGCUUCUCAUUCCGUUAUCGUAGGCGUCGCUACCGGGGCCAGCCCACUCUCGCUGGAGGACGACGAGGACGACAUAUGUCCCGUCUGCGAGAGCGAGUGCACAUGCCAGAACAGGUCAAGACCUUCGCAGACAAGCAACAACAACGCAGUCGCAGUUUCAGCUCACUCUACCUCUACUUUCAACGGCUCUACGACGGCCUCGCCGGGGAAUCCGAGCGGCUUGCAGUCCCUCAAGAUCAAGCUCACACUCCCUCCGAACCUGAAGCACCGCCCUCAUCAUGCCCAGGGCCCCUCUGUCGCCGGUGUGAACCCGUCUCGAAACCACGUCGCGUCUUCAUCAUCCACAGCGACCGAACAGUUACCGCAUCCUAUUCCCACAGGCAUCAGCGCCCACCAUUUAGCGCGCGGCGUCGUCGACCCAUCCGCUCCAAAGCGCAGAGGCCGCCCCCCAAAGGCCCUCGUUGCUGCACGGGAAGCAGCAAAAGCAGCGUUAGCCGUUCAGAAUGCGUCCGGCGGUGCGUAUUCGUACGACCCGCCGAGCGCGUCCGCCGGACGAAGCGCCUCGACGCAGGCUUAUACUGGGAAGGGCAAGCAUCCUGCCAAAUAUAUGCCCGCCAAGAAGCCUUCUGCCGCUGUCAAGAAGGCGCCAAAACAGAGGGGCAAAACUACGACCGACCGCAGACUCGCAUCCACCUUCGUCAAGGGCUUGCCGAGGCCGGUCUCGUCAGCCGAGUACAGCGACGGUCACUCGACCAGGUUCCCGACGUUCGUCUCCGCGGCGUCCAGCUCGUCGCCCAGUAGCUCGUCGGAGUCAUCUGACUCGGAGUCUUCGCUGUCUUCUCUUGAUUCUGACAUUGAAGAAGAGACGCGUCUCAUUGUACAAGGGGAGGCGAGUAGGACCCAGGCACGGAAGGCCUCCGGUUCUGACAGCGCUCACGCGCAUAAGAGGUGGGAGAUACGCCCUCGCCAAAGAAGCGUGGGUUUAGGCCAUGAUGACGCAGACGUAGAGAGCGAUGACAGCAGCGAGGGAGGGAGUGAGGGGGAGGACACUGACGAUGAAGGUGCCGAGGAGGAUGCCGAUGCCGAUACGGAAGGAGGCGGACUCGAGGACGUGGACUUAGACGACGACGACGAAACGAGCAGCAGGAUCGGCAUAACAUUCAGUGACGGAAGGGGCGCUGGCUGGAGUGACGACGAGGAGUCUUCCUUCGACGCCGACUUGUUCUUCACGAACCUGGAUGGCUCGUCCGACUCAGAUUCCUCGCCGGAACCCCCGAGCCACGAUCCGUUCGCCGCGGCAUCGGAAUACGAUUACUCGGGCUCGUUGACCGCCGACGAGGAGGAUGCGCUACUGCUGAUGGAUCUUGACCCGUCGAUGCAACUCCGGCGUGGUCAUGGGGAAUUCGAGUUCGGCUUAGAGCUGGGAGAACUGUCCUUCGGCUGGGACGGCCAGGUGUUCUUCACGAGUACCACGCCCCAGCACACACGCGACUUCGGCUUCCAGCUCCAAGACGACGUCGAGAUGCGCGAAGAGACGGAGGACGAGACACAGGGCACCGUGUCAACUGAUGACGAAUCGUCGACCAUGGACGAGGUGAUGUUGGAUGAAAGCGAUGGUGAGACGACGGAAGACGAGCUUAUCGGUCCUGAUGGUCUGCCGAAUUCGCGCGCUAUGAUGCUUUUCCGCUGGCCUACGACUGUCUCCACGGUUGACCCCCAGUCUACCGUCAGCUCGUCUGCGAGUCCAGCACCACAGGUGCCUCCAAAUGCGUCGGAGAGUCUGCGCAUCGCUCUGGCGUCAUACGCUGGCCAGCAGGGAUCUCCUGCCCCCACACCCGCCGACAUACUCGCCGGCAGAGUAACUGUGGAGGAGAUGGAAGAGAUGGAGAUGGAGAGAUCCUACGCUGGGGCGCAGACUCCCGCCAAGAAUCGAGCGGGUGGUGCUCCUACCAUGGGGGAAUUUUUGUCGACCGGCCCAAGCACCCAGGCGUCAGCGGUCAUCGACGGCAAAGGCCCCUUCAUCCCCAGUCCGUUCCCGAGAUCGAAGAUGACCCGCAAGCGCCGCCGUUCAGCGACGAUGACCGACUCGAACGACGUCGCCUCUACUGUUGGCGAGACUCCUUCCGGGUCCAUCCUAUCGGCCAGUCAAUCAUCCGAGGAGGCUGUGCCAGACACCCAGCUCGAGACAUCCGAAAUGUCGUCCGCCGAAGUCAUUGAUCUCGACGACGUCCUUGAUGCCUCGUUCCUCGACUCCGAUCCCAUUGGUCAAGAGCAUGCGACGCAAUCCUGCGGCGAGGCUACUUCGAUGAUGAGUCCUUCGACGGGUGCGCUCCUUAGUAGGUGGGACCGCAUCCCUAUGGCCACGUUCCGAAGGACUCGAGAGAUAAACAAGGUGGAUGGUUCCGCCUCCGACACUGGUCUGAGCGUUUUCGGUGGGAUGGGCUCCAUCAAUGCUCUGCUCACCCCAACCAAGCCAACCGACAAGAAGUCCACCUCUCUCGGCUCGCCCUUCGACCCUGCAGUUCGCGACGGCGACCGAACGCCGACGUCUACGAGCCCGCAGCACGGCUUCAGGCCGCCAAAGAAAGAGUUGCGGAGAGAGAAGGCGAUGAUGAAGCGGAAGAUGAUGAGCAAGCCGCUCCCGCCUCGUCACCAAGCUCAAUUCCGCCAACAUCACCAUCAUCCGAACUCCAAGUCGCGCGCAUCCGGUUCGAUGCAGCGCAUGAACAGUUUCGCUGGUUCUUCGUCACCCUCCUUCAACCUGUGAAUUAUCCCAGGCAUCAAAUUUGUAUUAAUCGGCGCGACAGGCCCCUUGCGGCCUAUGCGUCCAAUUGUCCAUAGCUGUAAUCUUGCACGGUCGUUCGUUUCUCAUCGGUAGUGUUGUCGUUCGUUUCCGUCGUCUUUUCAUCUUGUCCAUCCAACGCAUUCGCUCCCAUCAAUGCCCCCCUCUCUCAUUCUAUGUCUCGUAUCCAAGACUCUUGGUUCCAAUGCUGUAUGUACCUGCACCGAAGUGUCCCGGCCAAUGAAUGAAAUGCAAUGUGAUUUUCAUGUGGAA